AAGAAUCGUAUUUCCGAAUGAUAUAUAAAAAUGAUGAUGGAUUGUUGUUGUUGGGUUGGUUUUAUGGUUUUCUAUUCAUGAACCAAUUAGACCCUUUCAGUCUAUAUGAACUUGUAAAGGUCUGCCGAGUGGGACCUUCAGGGACACUUGAUUUGAAAGAAAUAGAAAACGAAGGAAGCUCUGUUUCUUUGCAACAACAGUAUAGUGAGCCGGUAUAUCUUAACGUAUAUGACCUGAUAGACCCUGAAAAUCCUGAACGUUUUACUGCUAUGAACGCUUACCUACGUAAGAUAGGAGUAGGUUUCUAUCACUCUGGUGUAGAGGUUUAUGGGGUAGAGUUUUGUUUUGGAGGUUCUGAAAGUUGUGAUACAGGAGUAUUUCACGUGGAGCCUAGACGUGCGCAAGGUGCCUCAUAUAGACAAAGUAUUUAUAUGGGAAACACGCCUCUAAGUCCCAAUGAAGUGUUUCUAGUUGUACAGAUAUUGGCAGAUAGUUUUCGUGGUAAUACCUUUUCACUGUUGCGUAGAAAUUGCAAUCAUUUUUCGGACUUGUUAUGUUUGUACCUCACUGGAAAACGUGCUCCCAAAUGGAUCAACAGAUUGUGUAGUAUUGGAAUGAAAGUCAAAUGGCUUUUACCUAAAAGUUUAGAUAAUCCUAGUGCGUCUCCAUUACCUGCUGAUAAAACAAGUCUCAUGAUUCCCGUUGCUGGGAAUGUCAAUCAUAUAUUGAACCAACGAAGGAACAAACUACAAAAAGAGACUUUUGAAAAAAAUAAAACGAGUUGUGACCCUUAAAACUCAUCAUCAACAACGUUUUGUUGCCAG